AUGGAGGAGUUAAAGGAAAAGGUGAGUGAAAAGGAAACAGAGAAAAUAAAGUACAGAGGAGUAAGAAGGAGGCCAUGGGGAAAGUUUGCAGCAGAGAUUAGAGAUUCAGCUAGAAAUGGAGCUCGCGUGUGGCUUGGGACCUUUAACACUGCUGAGGAAGCAGCAAGAGCUUAUGAUCGUGCUGCCUUUGAAAUGAGAGGUGCUAUGGCCAUUCUCAACUUCCCACAUGAACACCCUCCUUUCACUUCAUCAUCUAAAACUGAACAUGCUAAACAAGUUGUCGUAUUUGAGUGUCUCGAUGACAAAUUGUUGGAGGAACUCCUUGAUUGUGAUCACAAAAACAUGAAUCACAACUUCGCCAACUAGGAACAUAUGUUCCGACAUUUUUAAUCCUAGAUUGCUGUCUGUGCAGUGCUCUUGUUCAAUUAAAUCGACCAAUCGCGCAAAGUGCUUUUGUGGGGACUAUAAAAUUUGAGUCAUUUCACAUCACGUUAAUGUGAAGUGGAUAAAGUAGAGUUCGGUUAAGUUGGAAGGGAAUUUAAUCUUUCUUUUUAAGUGACAUCGGUUUUCAAUUACUUAUCAGUUUUAUCGAUAAUUAGUAAUAAAUGAGAAAAAAUAUUAAGGGUUUAUGGUGACA